AUGGUUCAUUCUGAUCAGUGCUCACGAAACCCUUCUUCCUCCCAAACCAAGAAAACCAAAACCCUCUUCUUGAUCUCUCUGCUCCUCUUUUCCUCUUUCUUCAUCCUCAACUCCGCACUUUCCCUCUUUGACGCGCACAACUCAAACGACGCUGUUGGCCCCACGCUCCAAUUACAAGUCCUCCCCAUCGCAUUCGUCUUCCUCUUCUACUCCCUCCUCCUUCUCCUCAGCCUCAGCUUCACCCUCCCCUCUCCGCUCCUAACCCUCAUCGGCGCCUUCGCCUUUGCCAAAGAGUUUCUCUUGUUCUAUCUCCAGCGAAAGGACCCCAGCGACGUCAAGAAUCGCUACUACAAUCUCUUGUUGGUGUCAAUCGCCGUGUGCAUGUUCGGCACGGUUCUGGAGUUGGGAUCGCCGCGCUCCGAUGGCAUCGCCAGAUUAGGCUUAAAAGUUACCUCAUUCAUAUAA